CUCCUGUCUCCUAGCUGCUGCACUGCCCUGCUCGGACGGGUCGUUCGUGGAUGGAGGAUGAUCAUCAUGGCCAGCACUUCUUCACGACAGCGUUUUUUGUUUGUAUGAUUUUGUCUGGAAUUUGACGGAAACGAAAGCGUAAAGAUGUCGGUGGCGGGACUGAAGAAACAGUUACACAAAGCAAGUCAGCUGCUCAAUGAAAAGAUCAAUGGAGCUGAAGGAACAAAGCUGGAUGAAGAUUUCAUCAAAAUGGAGAAAAAGAUUGAAAUCACUCAAAAACUGAUUCUGGACCUCGUUCCAAAAACUACGGAAUACCUUCAGCCAAAUCCAGCAUAUCGAGCAAAACUCAGCAUGCUUAACACAGUGUCCAGGAUCCGGGGGCAGGUGAAGACAGUUGGCUAUCCUCAGACAGAGGGAAUGCUGGGAGAGUGCAUGUCACGCUAUGGCAGUGAGCUUGGCGUUGAAUCAGCAUUUGGAUGUGCACUGGUGGACAUGGGACAGGCUUUGAACCAGAUGGCCCAAGUAAGAGACUGCCUGGAUGUGCGUGUUAAACACAACUUCAUUGAUCCACUUCAGGCACUGCAGGACAAAGAGCUGAGGGAAAUAACGUAUCAUCUGCGGAAACUUGAGGGUCGGCGUUUAGAUUUUGACUACAAGAAAAGGCGUAAAGGGAAGAUUGCAGACUUUGAGAUUAAACAGGCGCUGGAGAAGUUUGCGGAAUCCAAAGAGCUGGCUGAGAGAAGCAUGUUUAACCUCCUAGAAAACGAUGUGGAACAGGUGCGACAGCUGUUAGGCCUCAUUGAAGCAGCACUGGACUACCAUAGGCAGUCGAGCCUCAUUCUGGAGAACCUCAGAGGCAGUCUGCAGAGCAGGAUAACUGAUGCCAGCAACAAACCAAAGAAAGAGUUCAGAUCAAAAUCCAUCGGAAGUACAAUGUGUUACAUGGACAUUUAUGGAUUUUCCACCUGCUCUUCAAGGAGAUCUUCAGAUACUGAGGUGACAGACGCUUUAAGUGAGAAAAAUGUCACCCCUGUGGCCCACAGCCAGCCGCCCCUCAUACCCCGAACUUCAGAACCUCCGACUUACAAAAACGACUGUUAUUCCACUCUGGACCAGCCUUGCUGCCGUGCACUUUUCAACUUUAAGCCUGAAAAUCAAGGAGAGUUAGGCUUUAAGGAGGGAGACAUCAUUAUUCUCACCAACCAGGUUGAUGAAAACUGGUAUGAAGGCCUGCUCACCGGGGAGGCAGGCUUUUUCCCCAUCAGCUAUGUCGAAGUCCUUGUACCUCUGCCGCCAUGACAGCAGGUCAGCGGUGCACCGAGCCAUAUUAUGAACUCUCUAUGGAGUCCCCGGUGUUCAGUCCAAGCUAUGUACUUCACUGAUCAGCACCUUUAUUUAAAGAAUGUGCUUCUUUCUCUUCUUGGGUAUUUUUCCACUAUGCAAUUCACUGAAUCCUGCCUUGGUCUCUUCUAUUUGGUCUUAAUGUUGUGCACUGGAGAAACCAUAGUAGAUCUGUGCAGUGUUUAGUACACAACCAGUAAAAAGCUGACUGACGGUUAAUGGUUAAAGGACGAUUCCACCAAUUUUUAAACAUUUCUGCACAACUAAUGUUAAGAUGUAAACAAGGUCAUUCAGAGUGUUUUGAUAUGAAAUGGUGAAUUAGAGAAAAUUACAGACUCUGAUUUCAUUACAGUGAUGGCGAGAGGAACCAGGAGGCAGAUUCUGUACAGCACAGAUGCAGCUGUUUUAAUUACUUACCAAAACAACAAGUGAACCUACACAUGUCUCUGAGUUUGUAGAUGUACUGUGUUAAAUAUAUGAAAAAAAAUUCUUUGGGGACUAUUUUUGCCUUAUAAUGCCCUACAUGUUCCACCAUGAAUGUAUUUUAAAAAACAUGUUUUAGGCCAAACCAAGCUAACCGUUUAAAGUACUAACUUUCUUUAAGGUUGCUUUUAGAGGCAUGAAACGCUUUAGACAUCUCACCACUGGGAACAUAGCCAAAUAUAUUAUACACUCACCUUUUAACAUAAAUUCUGUGAGUUUCUCUAGAACAAAGCGUUUCACAUCAAACCACUCUGAAUAACUUUGUUUACAUCAGGGGUGCCCAAACCUUUUGUCUUGGGGGCCAGAGUGCAAUGUUUGUGGUGAGCUGAGGGCCUAAAAGACAAAACAGUACACAAAUCAAGAAGGUAGAUUGACUUUUUAAAUACACCCAUAUUUUAUGACAGUGCGCAUUACUAUUUGUUACUAAAAUACUUCAACAUAUUAUAUAUAAUAAUAUGUUUGUUUUCUCAUUUGUUAAGGGGGGUGAAUUUAGGGUGACUGUGUUAGGCCUCUGUUAGGCCAAGUCAGUGGUCCACACCAGCCAAUGUUUGCCCGUGGGCCACUCCUUGGGCAGCGCUGUAAAAAUUUAAUUAUGCAAAAUUUUUUUUUGAAAAAUAGGUGGAGUUGUCCUUCAAGGAUACAUUUUUGUAACCUUUGGUGGGACCUUUAAGUAUUUUACUACCUGCAACUGAAUGUACAACUACACAUUUUCAUGUACACAUUCAAAUUCAUAUUAAUGUUAUUACAUAUGCAAAUAUAUGCAAAUACACAGCAUACAGGAAUACAUGUGAUACUGCUUUUUUAUUUUUAUUAUUAUUAUAGCCAUGCUGGUAAUUACUGUGCGUGGUCACUGAGUCAGUAUUUGCUGUUUGAUUCAUGAAAUGAAACUUUGUAGAGGCAAGUGAGGAAUAAAAGUGUUAUUAACGCG